AUGUCCUCUCUUACCGGGAACCCCAAUUCGCAUGCGAUCACAGAGUUCAACGAGAGACUUGUCGGAUACUGUUUAUGUGGUUCGGUGAAGGUGACAAUCGACGACCCAGAUCUAUUUACUAGAAGAAGAGGGCACAUCUGCCAUUGCGCCAACUGUCGAAAGGUAUCAGGCAGCUUUGCGGCGAGCAAUCUGAUCAUUGAGGAAAGUAAGGUUCAGAUUGAGGACCGUGAAGUCAAGCUUGCUAUGUUCUUGGAUACCCAAACGGGAAGUGGCACCCCGCUCGAAAGGUGGUUCUGCUCGAGAUGUGGAAAUCCGAUAAAAUCCGUGACACCCGUUUUGGCAGGGAAAAUCGUCAUGAAAAUGGGGCUAUUUCCAAGAAUCCCUGCACCCGAGUUUGAAACAUUUGGUUUGCAUAGGCAUGAGUGGCAAGGAUCUCACCCCGGCGUGGAAAAGUAUAAGAUAAAGGCAUUUGGAGAAAAGCUGUAG